AUGAGCGGAAUCAAGGGCAUUUCAGUGAGCAAAAGAGUUCCUCAAUUUUGCCCAGAGCCCAAAUGCCAACAGCAAGUGACUGGAUUUACGGGGGCCAAGUUUAAAAAGUUUCCCUCUCGUCAGCAGGCGGACACGUUUGUUCGGAAGCACGGCAGCGGAUCGGGUCUGCUUCCGACAGCGGAAAGAUCAACGCGGCUUGAUCGAGGGGUUGAAGUGGGAGCUGGAGGAGCUGCGGGGUUCAGGAUCGGGGACAGGGAGAAGGGGAAGAAGCUGGACAGCGGCGUGAAGCCGUUGAUGAAGCUGGAAAAGUACUGCAUUUAUAACUUUCAUCAGAACGAGGAUGGUUUCGUGUACGUUUACACGGAUGGUUCCUGGGAGGGCAAUGGGACGGCGGCGGCCUGUGCCGGGCUGGGGGUAUACUUUGGCGAGGGACACACGCUGAACGCGGUCAGUGGACGAGCGACCAACAAUUGCAGAGAGUUUCAGGCGGCUGCGCUAGCUGCGGUAGCUGUUUGA